GGCUGAAGUGAAUCGGACAGAGAAAUCGAUUAUGAAGGUCGUGCACAUGUAUGACGAAAUCAAAGAUACUUCAGAUACUGUGUAUGAAGACCUCAACACGAAAACUAGCAGAGGAUCUGUCGAACACUUGCACGAGGCGAUUGAUGUUGCCAAGUUGGAAUCUGCGCGGGCUGAAGCGGAACUGUUUAGGGUUACUGUUGAACCUUGUCCAUUGGCGAAACGUUGUGAUAUCGAGGGUGCCAUGAUCAUGUUUAUGACAAAUCUAUACAUUGUAUUCGAGGACCCUAGAACUCGGCAGAACAAGUACGUCUUCCAGAUGCCUUGGGUGCGCCGCUUUGGUUACUAACGUAGCAGAGAUACGUUAUUUUUCGAAUGUGGAAGAAAAUGCCCGAAUGGGGAAGGCAUCAUCAAAUGCAUUACUCCUAACCCUGCCAAAAUACAUGAUGUGAUUAAAACUAAAUCAUCGAGUAAAAUUUCUCUAGUUAUUCCAGGAAAAAAGAAAUUUUAAGGACAUGUUUUUUUAGAAGUCCCAAGAAGAUAAACCCAUAGUUACCCCAACUGCGUCGAAUACCAGUGGGUCAAAUUAAACACAACAAAAUUAUGUCAGUAUAUUAAUACAGAUAUUCCCACUGUAUUCCAAUUAAAGACUUCAUACUAUGAUGAGUUAACAUGUAAGGCUGAGGACGCCCAUCAGAUGGACGUGAGAAAGUGGCUCUAAUUGUGGAUGUAUUCCACAAAUUAAAAUUACUUAUGAGUGUGAAUGAACGUGGUAGGGAUGAUAUGACUAUGCUAAACAUCUUAAGAAAACCAUAACAACUAAAUCCCAGAAAGAAAGUUAAAAUGAGACAGAAACAGUGAAUAAAGACAAGAGG